UCUUCGCAGUUCGCAAUUCGCAUGCUGAUCUUCUUACGAUAAAAAACACUAUCCUUUUUUACUCUCUCUCCCUGUAAACUCAAGCGCUCUUCAAAACCCUAGGCACAGGUCCGAUCAUUCGGUUGCCGGAGACAUUUUGCUCCGUCGGAGUCUAGGCGGAGAUCUCCAAAGGACCUCUGCAUGUUCAAUCUGCUGGGCAAAUUUAUCGGUUCUGUGGAGCAUCUACGGAGAUCAUCAUCAAGAUCACAGUAAAAAAUUCGAUCUUCUGUUGCCCACAAUAUUUCUCCGUCGGAAUCCUUUCACCCUGACUUAGAAGAAUCUAAUAUUUCAGUUCUUCAGGAAAUUCGUCACCGUACUGGAAUAUUACUAUUUUUAAUUAGGGCUUUGGUUUUGAUCUCGGAGCUCUGCGAAGUGCAAACGGAUUUUCGACCAACAAGUUUGGGUUUUUAACUCUCCAGUUAUGGAUCAGGAGGAACUCGGAUUCCUUCGUCGAGAUUGCGAACUUGGUGUUUGAUUCCCGAAAUUUUUCACCUCGAAUGCACAAGGCCAUAUAUUGCAUCAAUACGGUCUCUGAAGUAGCUAUUACUCUUCGAGUUAUCUGAAUCGUAUGCAAGCUGUCAUGCAUAUUCCUGGGCAGAUCGACAGCGUCCACGGUAGUGCUCCCCAGAUUCACGUUGCAGAAGGUCAACAUAUGCAAAUGCAUUACAUGCAAGAGCACGAACAAGCUCUGCAUCAUAACAGCAAUGGGAGUGGGAUGGAAGAUGAUCAAGAUGAUGGUGCAGGGAGCGAGGGCAUGGAGGCGGACGUUCCAUCUGACCAUGGCGCUCUCUCUGAUCCUCAUGGCUCAAUGCCACCUCGGAGUCAUGGAGGGAACCAGCUGACUCUCUCUUUCCAGGGAGAAGUCUAUGUCUUCGACUCCGUAUCUGCGGAAAAGGUACAGGCUGUGCUUUUAUUACUGGGAGGUCGUGAAGUUCCUGCUAGUGUGCCUCCACUUCCAAUAACAACCCAUCAUAAUAAUAGGGGGUUGUCUGAUGUUCCACAGCGGUUGAAUGUUCCCCAGAGAUUAGCUUCAUUGAUUAGAUUCCGUGAGAAGCGAAAGGAGCGUAAUUUUGAUAAGAAAAUACGUUAUACCGUUCGAAAGGAGGUUGCCCUCAGAAUGCAACGAAACAAGGGCCAGUUCACAUCUUCAAAAUCUACUAAUUAUGAUUAUGUGCCACCAAUAACAAGUUCAGAUCCUAAUCAACACUUGAGUACAGAGAGUAAUGGAGCCCAGCAAAAAGAGACUGCCUGCCGUCAUUGUGGCAUUAGUGAGAAGUCUACUCCAAUGAUGCGUCGUGGACCUGAAGGUCCAAGGACCCUUUGCAAUGCAUGCGGUCUCAUGUGGGCAAACAAGGGAACACUGAGAGACCUCUCAAAAACUGGACCCUUGCCACCUGCACAUAAUCCUUCAUCAAACCAGAAUGAGAAUGGUGAUGCGGAGGCUGAUCAGUUGCUUAUUCAAAAUGCUCCACAUGAUAACGAUUCCUCAUGACAAUCUUCAUGCCUCACUAUCCUGGGAGGAAUAUAAAGCAGGAAAUGAUAUAUCGAGUGAUGUCGGUGAGUGCUCAUCUUGUCCCCUUCUAUGAGAUCAAGGCCUUCCUCGUACGGAACAUGUGAUGUGACAUUGACAGGAUCCUAGAAAUACAAAUAAUUCUAUAUUAUUCAUAGCUUACGGUUUUAUCUUGCUUGUGACAUUGGCAGCCGGUUGAUAAGGCGUCAUCCUGUAUUUGUUAUUAACUUGUAAUUCAGUCGGACAGAGUAAGGAAGGACGUUUUAUUUAGAGUGAAAGUUAACUGGCUUGAUCCGUUAUGAAGAUUGAGAAAUUGGUUGUUGUUUUGGA